GAGGGCAGCAGCCGUCGGAUCACAAAGUGAAGGGACCAGAUCUUCUCCUUUUACACCAAGCUUAAACCUCACUCCCUCCUGAUAUCUCGUCCCCUCCAGACUCCGAAGCCGCCGCCGCCGCCCUCUCUCUUUUCCUUCCGUCCCCAAUGGCCGCCGCCGCCGCCCUCCGCCGGACGCUCGCGCCGGCCCCGGCUCUCCUCCUCCGCCGCCAGGUCCUCUUGCGCCUCCUAUCCACCCAACCCCAGCAGCCCCAACCCGCCGCCGCCACCAGUCCGGCCGAGCUCGUACGCAUCAAGAACUCCAUCCGCAGCGCCGCCACGGGCCCCGACGACCUGGCCACCCUCUUCCUCAGGGCGCUCCCCAACCAGGCCUUCCUCGGCGACCGCCCCAUCUUCUCCCUCGCCGUCACCCGCCUCGCCUCCGCCGGCCGCCGCGACCUCGUCUUCUCCAUCCUCUCCUCCUCCCUCACGGCCCUCCCGGCGCCGCACCCCUCCGAGGGCUUCCUCAUCCGCCUCAUCUCCCUCUACGCCGCCGCCGGGAUGCCCCAGCACUCCCUCUCCACCUUCCGCCUCGUCAAGCCGGCCACCGACCGGGUCUUCUCCGCGCUCCUCGCCGCCUACCACGACACGGCGCAGCACGACCUCGCCGUCACGGCCUUCCGCGACCUCCCCGCCGAGCUCUCCUUCCAGCCGGGGGUCGUCUCCCACAACGUCCUUCUCAAGUCCAUGGUCGCCACGGGCGACGUCGCCGGCGCCCGCCAGGUGUUCGACGAAAUGGCUGACAAGGCCGGCGUGCAGCCGGACAUUGUCUCCUGCAACGAGGUCCUCAGGGGCUACCUCAAAACAGCUGACUACGCCGCGUUCGACCAGUUGUUCAAGGAGAUCGCUGGCGGCAAGAGGCGGCUCAAGCCCAACGUCACGACCUACAACCUCCGGAUGGCUGCGCUGUGUGCCAAAGGGAGGAGCUUCGAGGCCGAGGAGUUGCUGGACGUCAUGGGCGCAAACGGCGUCCCGCCCAACCGCGAGAGCUUCAACACCGUCAUCGGGGGCCUCUGCAAGGAAGGGGAGGUGGGCGCUGCUGCGGCGCUGUUCAAGAGGAUGCCCGAGGUGCCAAGGCCGAACGGGAAAGGCGUGUCGCCCAAUUUCGAGACCUACAUCAUGCUGCUCGAGGCGCUGGUCGAGAAGCGCGUGUUUAGCCCCGCGCUGGAGGUGUGCAAGGAGUGCCUGGCCAACAAGUGGGCGCCGCCGUUCCAGGCCGUCAAAGGUUUGAUUCAAGGGCUGGUGAAGAGCAGGAAGGUGAAGCAAGCAAAGGAGCUCGGCAUGGCGAUGAGGAAGGCCACAAAGGGCGAUGCCAAAGCGGAGUGGGAGAAUGUCGAGUCUGCUAUAUUUCCACAGGGGCUUGCUGAUAGCACGGCGUAAUCCACACGUCGCGUAAGCGGAUAAGUCGUCGCUUUUUGCUUGAAAUCUAUUAAUUAACAUUCGUAUGUCUUCGCCAUUUGCUUGUGGCCAAACUCUUACCACUCCUUUUGCUUCAGCACACAAGAUGUUUUCUCUCUCAUAAAUUGUAUUUGCAUUUUUCAAGUAAUGAUAGGUCUACUGUCGCUUCUGGGAUGUUUACAUGCUAUGCUAGAUCAUGUAACUUGAGUUGCCAGUUUAUCUGUCUCACUUGAAUGAUGCAAUUCUUAGCUUGUUCUC